GAAUUGUAGGAGGUCUGCAAAAGGUUUAUUUUAGGAACCUUCGCCGCGCACACGCCCGCCGGCAGCGUGGAGUUGACUUCAACACGCACGUUGAAGUUCAAGCACGCGCAGCAGUGACCGAGUUUUAAAGAGAAGGCAUUUCUGCCAUUAGAAAGAGGCGUCUUCGUUUUUUCCUCGACAACAUUUUCUUUUCUUUUCUUAAACUGAGCGUCAAAUAAUGAACGGCCACAACGUCGAACCGACGUCCGCGGCGGCCCCGCAGAACGGGCCUUCGUCUUCUUCAACGGCGGCCUCGAUUGAUGUCGCUGUCUCCUCACGUCACGCGAACCCCAAUGCACGGCAGCGUACAUCAGCUGGGUCAGCGGAGACGCGGCGCACCACCAACGGCGCACCCGCCGCCACGGUACCGCCACGUCACCGAGACCCGACAACGGAGUCCUCUCACUCCGCUGCUGCGUUCGCUGUCGAAGGGAACAGCGCGUCGAGUGCUGCCCAGCCACUCGCCACUUCCACACCGCCAUCACCACGACGAGUGCGGCAGCAAGAACAGUGGCAGCAGGUCCGCUCUGGUAAAACUAUCAUGAAGGCACGUCGGCAAGCCCCUGCGCGACACGCUGGCAAGACGCAGCGCACGAACUCGCCCGUGUCGACGUCACAAGCAUCACCCGACGCACUGCAGCCACCCUCCGACAGCGCUGCAGGCUCGGAGGGCUUCAGCAACGGCCUUCUCGGCGCCGCUGUCACUGCCCCCUCUCCUCGCAUGGAUGACGUGGUGUGUGUUGUGCUCCCGGAGGCGCCAUCGCGCUUCACGCCGCGCGUGUCCGCCGCCGCCAAGGGCGGACGCUUGGACCUGCGUGCGCGUGGUCUGACGGUGCUGCCGUGUCUCCACCUUGCAGGGGAAGACACAGCGGCUGCCCAUCGCAGCUCAGACGACGGGGCAGGCAGCCCGCACAGCGACGUGGUCACCUGUGUGUCUUCACAUGGCAGCGGCGACACCAGUGCGGUCUACCUGCACGCCGUGAACCUCCGCCAAAAUCGCAUUCGAUCGCUUCUCACGCCGUCCCCCCGCAGCAACACCACCGACGGCCCUCGCAGCACUCCGCUUCCCUUCUACGCGCACGUCUCCUCGCUGGACCUGACGCACAACGAGUUGACAUCGAUCGCGGGCGUCGAGGCACUGCGCUGUCUGCGGUCGCUGCGGCUUGCCUUCAACAAGCUCACCUCGCUGGCUCCACUUUGGGCCUCACCGUACGUGGCGGAGUUAGACGUCCUCGACGUCAGCUCCAACGCGCUGAGCGAGCUGAUGACGGCCGAGGACGUGCGUGCGCUGGAGCUGCAUCGCAUUCGCAUUGUCACGCACCCCACGCAGGCCAAGGCAACAACGGGCGGCCACCGCAGCACCAAGACGACGACCACCUACAAAUCCAUGCGGCUGCGCGUGUUGUACGCCGCAAACAACGCACUGCGCUCCGUUCCGUGUUCGAUUUACACGCUGUCGCACCUCGCCGAUCUUCGGCUGUGCAGGAACGAAAUCGAAAGCGUGCCGGAGAGCUUCCCGUCGCGGGCGUGCUUGCCGAUGUUGGCGCGGUUGGAUCUGAGCGUGAACUGCCUGCCGCCGGCUGUCGUGGAGGCCAUCACAGCUCGGGUGGAAGGGGCUGCGGAGGCGUCGCACGCACGUCGUGGCACACCGCCUCCGUAUGGAGACGAGCGCCCCGGGAGCACCAAUGACAACAGCAGUCGGCGUUUCAGUGGCAGCUCAGCGCGCCGCGUGCAGCAACCAGACGGGGCACCGACCUCCUCCUUCGCUGCAGAUCAGCCAGUUGCUGCGAUGGAGGCAGCCGCAGGGAAAGCACAGAGCGGAGGCGUUAUCCAGCUGAUGAUUUCGCAUAAUGCCGUGCGUGGCGAGAGUGGAAGCGGUGCGGAACAGAGCAGGGUGAACACUCAACACAGUCAGUCGCUUCUGCCUAGAGAAGCCGCCGUGGCAACCCCGGCGCGACCUGUGGUGAAGGCGCCGUCGCCGCCGCGCGAGCAGCGGCCGCGUCCACCUCUGCCGGAUGCAACCGCCUCGGCAGGGAAGUCCGUCGUGGUGACCGCCGCCGCGGCACCAACACCUGCUUCCAGCGAACCGCACCGCCCGUCGGUAAAACGUGAAGAAAAGCCCACAACGGCGGGUGCUGACCGCCCCUCGCUUGACGAGCGGGAGGAAAAGCCCUCUGCGGCUUCGUCGCCGCCUUCUGCAGCAACAGUCGCCGCCGCUGCUGCCCCUUCGAAUUGUGUCGAGUCCGCCGCCGACAACCGUUGCGCACCCGGUACGGCAGCGGACGCCAUCGCAACCUUUGAGAGUGCGGUGGAAACCAGUGGGGAGAACGUAUACGUCGUCAACGUGCAGCGGUGGGCCGCGACGAUGCAGCACAACUUGUCGUGCGUGAUGAAGACAGCCGCAGCCGCAGCAGCCACCACGGCGGACGCAGACGACGCGCCUGUGCAGUUUACCGAACAGGAGUUGCUGACGGCGCUGUAUGACAACGUCGGCGGCUGCAUGACAGCGGCCGCGUCCUCUUCCACCGGCGGCGCUGCCGCGACAGCUGGAGCAUCGAAGAGCAUUCGCCCGCGAGUGUCCAGCGCCUCACGUGUGAUCGCGUCCCUUCUGCACCGUCUGCCGCCAGUCAACUCCCUUUGUUUCCCCGAAGACACGCAACUCAGAGCUCCUCCUUUGCUCCUCCUUACAGGGAUCUCCUCCAGCGUCACCGCCAGUCCGCAGCAGCUGCUGCUCUACGAGGUACUCGCCCACCAUCUCGUUCAAAACUGCCUCUGCACGCCCAAGACAGUGCCCGCCUCCACCGAAGCGUCAUCGCCGUCAUCGCAUAGCUCUCCGACGCAGAUCGCCGCCCCAUCGCAGGAGUAUCUUCGUGUCAACUCUACAGUGAGGGAGUACGCGUCCCCCCCUGCGAUGGUACCCACGCGCGUGUCGUCGCCGCCGCGUGCAACUAACACGGUGAGUGCGCUACGGCGCACCGCGAGUACUAAUAACAGUAUGAGUAACUCUGUCAAUGUUCAUGCAGGGCGGCUAGGCGGUGUGAUGAGUGCGGCGUCACGGCAGCUGAGUUUCCUCGUGCCUCUUCACGUCGUUCACGUCAUGGACGACGAAGAAGGGGCCCGAGCAAAGAGUGCAGCGAAUAGGAGGAGAUCUCUUCUGUGGGGCUACGUGAUGUGGAGGCAGAGCUGGGAGAGUGCCGCCGAUCGGCGUCGUUUGAAGCAUCGCAACUCGUUCGUCUGCGAGGCGCACGACGGCGGUCGGACACCGACGCAGCCUUCGUCGUCGGUGCUGCAGCUGCAGGCUUCCUCCACGCAGGAUACGCCGGCGGGCACCGCAACGACCACUGCCAACGGCUCCACGCGAUGCACCGCAGAGCCGCAUGCGUUUUCCAGCUGCCCGGCCCCGGGCCGUCUUCUGGAGUGGCGUCGACUGCGUGAAGUCCGCCCCGCCUCGUACUCUGCGCUGCCGGCGCCGUGGGAGGUCUUCUACGAGCAGCUGCAGCGCGUCAACGCAGGCGGUGACGCCUCUCUUCGGUGUGUCCCGCCCGUCCUCUCCGGGGCCCAGGAUCGCGUGCGUCUACUGCGCGGAUGCCCGGGUUCUUUGAGUAGUGCGCUGCUGGGGGCGAUGGAGCCGCCGUCCACCACCACUGCCACCAGCAACGCUGCGUGGACGCCGAAUUGCCUGUUGACGGCAUCGGCCAAUGGAGCCUCUACGCAGGCCCCACUGCGCCAACUGGCGAGCGCGAUGGGCGUCGCCGCGUCUUCGUUGUCAGGUGUCAACCGACGACAGAAGUGGGACGCAUCACGAACUGAAAGGGAUGUCAUCACGCAAGCGGUGCAGCGCCGGCAUCGCAGUCAACGAUUGGCGCAGCGUAUCGAGGCAGCGGCAACGACAGUCGCAGAGGAACAGGUACCGCCCUGCGCCAUGCCGCUGUACAACGCCGCGGAGGUGCGCCAAAGUCAGCAGGCCGCUCUUCUGAGCUUCGCGCGUUUGGAGAUGCAACUCGCAACCCACAUGGCAGAUAAUGGUGCUAUGACAGCCGCACUAAAGGACGCAGCGGCGAGUUCUGCAGCGACGGAAGUCACCCGAACGGCUUCGGAUUCCCCUGCAUGCCCAGAGCCCACAGACGGAGAAGAAAUGGGGGAGGCGGAGGUGGAGAACUCGCCGGAGGCUGCCGUCUGGGAGGGAGAGGCAGAGGUGUCAAACACGCCGGAUGAUCGUGCGGCGGAGACGACAUCUGCGUUACCCGUCACACCACCGGAGCAUACAAACCCGGCGGAGGCGGUGAUCGCGGAUAAAGGAGCGGCAGAAGACGCCGUCGACGUCACGCCGCGGUCCCCACCGGAGGAGGAAACGACAGAAACUGUAGAACGAUCGUCGGAGGCACCGGUGGAAACAGCGGUCACGGAGUAG